CGCGUUACGACGCCUUUUCGCGCAGUCUCCGAAACCGUACCGCGCUCAGUGUACGUCCAACGUCCCGGCUGCAUCUUCGUGCAGUGUUCACGCACUAUUUGUGAUAGUCCCCGGUUAAAAUUCGAUAGCGAUAAUGAAUUACCUUCAGUGCAUUUUCAGCGUGCUUUUGAUUGCCAUUAUUUGUGUUAAAACUGGUUUUGCAAUUUCCUGCUACGAGUGUAACAGUGCAACUGACAAAAGAUGUUUGGGGGACGAACACAACAGACUUUCGGACGAUUUGAAGAAACCCUGUCCGGAACGAAGCGGCCAACCCUACAAACUAUGUAGAAAAAUCAAACAGAUGAUCGAUUUCGAAGUAAACGGACUACAACCUGACAGUCGUGUGAUUAGAACUUGCGGCUACGAUGAUUCGACGUACAAAGAUCGCUGCUAUCAAAGAUCAGGCUUCGGGGGCAGACAGGAGGUGUGCACCUGCGAAACGGAGGGUUGCAACAGUGGCAUCGCACUUUUACCAUCCAUGUACAUGCUUUUAGGGCUCUACAUGUUAUUAAAGCUGAAUUGGUAAUGGUUACGAUGUUAAUGAAGUUUUGGACAAAUGAAGUUACUGUUUGUUAUUGUCAAAGGACCAUGGUAGUUUCAUUUGAUGCAACGCAUUGUAUAUUUUUGUUGAAGUUGUUUUCUCUAUAUUAUUUUUGAAGUAUUUAUGAUAGCAAUAGGGUGGUUAUUAAAGAGGGGUAGCUCAAAUAAUAUAAACGUUUUUUAAACUUGUAUUCAAUGAAUAUAAGUAUGUCACAGAAAAAGUUAAAGGUGAAGUAGUUUAAAAUAUAUUGUUAUAAAUAUGCUAAAUCAAAUCGUUUUCAAUUUAGUUCAUUUAAUAUAUCCCCCUUUUGAGGGGAGUGAUUUUUUGUUACUAUAUUAUUAAAGUUAGAUGCUUGAACUAGAUGUAAAUACCUAUUAAAAAAUAAUACUGCCAAAAUUAUAAAGGAUAUUGUUGAAGUUAUAGAACAGUUUAAACAGUGAAUGCACAAUAUGGAUAAUUUAUCUAAAUACUAACAAAUAAUAUAAAAUAAAAUAUUAUGAAAUGA